GGGUGUGUCCGGCCGCGCGCGCCCUCCCCCCGCCCCUCCGUCCCGCCGCCACACGCAGCCGAGCUCGGACCAGGCGCCAGUCCCUGCCCGCUGUCCCUCGCCGCGGCCGCGAGUCCCGAGCCGGCGGGAGCCGGUGGUCACCAUGUCAGUCGCUCUCAGCAACAGGUUCCAAGGAGGGAAGGCGUUCGGCUUGCUCAAAGCCCGGCAGGAGAGGAGGCUGGCCGAGAUCAACCGGGAGUUUCUCUGUGACCAGAAGUACAGUGAUGAAGAGAACCUGCCAGAAAAGCUUGCAGCCUUCAAAGAGAAGUACAUGGAGUUUGACCUGAACAAUGAAGGCGAGAUUGACCUGAUGUCUUUAAAGAGGAUGAUGGAGAAGCUUGGCGUCCCCAAGACCCACCUGGAGAUGAAGAAGAUGAUCUCAGAGGUGACAGGUGGGGUCAGCGACACCAUUUCCUACCGAGACUUUGUGAAUAUGAUGCUGGGGAAACGGUCGGCCGUCCUCAAGCUAGUCAUGAUGUUUGAAGGAAAAGCCAACGAGAGCGGCCCCAAGCCAGUUGGCCCCCCUCCAGAGAGAGACAUUGCUAGCCUGCCCUGAGGACCCCGCCUGGACCCCCAUCCCACCUGCCCGCCCUGCUCCUCUCUGCCCUUCCUGACUCAUUGUGAUUUGUCUUACCUGUUUGGUGUUUGUGUGUUUGUGUUUCCAUCAAUGUCUUUGUAAAGCACAGAUUAUCUGCCUUAAAGGGGCGCUAGGUAGGGGAAUCCUGAGCCUUGGGUCCCCUCCCUCUCUUCUUCCGUCCUUCUCCCCUCCCUGUGCAGAAAGGCUGACAUCAAACCAAAAACUGGAGGGCGCAGGGCCAGGGCAGGGAGGCUGGAAGCCUAUGUUCCCCACACUUGUCCAUCCUUCCAGAAGGUCUCUGAGCUAAGGUCAGGCUCUGGCCCUGAUGAGGACCCCAGCCCACUUUCUGAAGACCCUGGAGUAGGGACAAGGAUGCAGGGACUCGUUAGGGUUUGCUCAGAUAGCUCUGUGGUCCCAGCACUCUGGGAUCAUCCAGGAUGUGGCCACCCGGUGCCCACUGCCUCAGCCAGUCCCCCCAGGCCACACCUCUUCUCAUCCUCAGCGACGUGACUGAAGGUGGGAAGGAAAGCAGCUUGGCUACUUGAGCCCUUCGAGAAGGUACCAGAAGGAACCCUCUGGUCUUGUUCCCUGGCCACACCUUCACGGGCAGCUUGGAGGGAGGGAAGGUGCAGCCCCACAGUCCCUUGCUGAGGCAGCAAAGGGCUUCAGAGGUAGAGAUGAGGUCAGGAGCCUGGGGGAAGGCGCAGCUCAGUGCAGCCCUGGCUUUUAGGGGGGGAUGCUAGGGUCGCAGGAUGGGAGGAUGAGGAGUACAGCACUCCUACAAACAGCACCACUACCACUGUUCAGCCAAGAGCUGAGAAACAGGUUGCCCUUCUCAUCCCAGUCGGCUUGAAACCUGACUACACUUCCCUCAUUUGCCUUCCUACCCUCCUCACACCAUUCAUUCACUCAUUCAUUCAACAGAUAUUUAUUGACCAUCUUUUAUAAGCUUUAAGUCCUCCCACGUUGUCCCGACAUGUGCUAUGUCUACUGUCUCUCUCCGCAAAUCAUUCAAAACCUGAACUUGGAAAUUGGAUUGGGGUCACCUGUGUCCUUUCUUAUGGAUUCCAGGAUUUUAGAGCUGGGAUCACCCCUGUAGGUUAGCCAGGCCAGUCCUCUCACUUCACAGGUGUGGAAACUGGUUGCCCACAGGGAUUAAGUGCCUUGCCCAAGGAAGAGCCUGGACUGGAGCCCAGAUGUUCAGGUACCCUGCCCACACCUCAUCUCUGCUCUGGGCUACCUCGUCAGUGAUGAAAACGGGCAGCUGGGGAGGGGCCGACUCCUAGGUCAGCACCUGGGUGAGGCUUCCCUCACUCUGAGGGUCCUGGGCCAGGACCUGCCCUCCCCAGUGCCUCUCAGUCAGCAUCAGGGUUUGGGUAAGGGCCAGGCCUCCUCCUGCAGUUCUCCCUCCCCUGCAGCUUCUUGGCCGAGCCUCAGAGAGCUGCCUCUCAGAGCCCACACAGAAGGAUGUCAGACUCGGCCCCAUCUUGGCUGAGCAGGGAACUCACUGGACGCUGCCUGUGUUCUGGAGUCCCUUACUCUACCUGCUCAGGACUUAGACACACUUAUUCACUGAACAUAUUUAUUAAGCACCUGCUAUAGGCCAAGAGUUAAGAACCCAGAAGUCAAAUGGACAGACCCAUGGAAUUUAGAGUCUAGUAGGAAAGUCAGAUCCAGACAAUGACAGUGAAUGUUAGGAAGGGGCAGGAUAUAAUAGGGGUAACUGCCACUGCCCUGCAGUCUUAGGGAGCACAACUGGGGCCAAGACAGGUUAAGAGUCUUGGAGGAACCUUCACAAAACCUUAAGUUGGAAAGGACUAGGGGCUGUUGGUGGCUGGAGCCAGUGUGGGUUCCCUGCGGCUCCUUAGUGUUCCAUGAUGAAGAGCCCAAGGCGCUGCCUCUACAGCAGCUUGAGGGAGGGGAGCGGGUAGGGAAUGAGGAAAUGGCCAGGUUGGGUUAACCUGCUGGUUUCAACCAGUUCAGCAGCAAGAUUAUUUGGCCAUGACUGGCUGAUCUUCAGCUUAAGGAUCUGCUUCAGAUGCACAGGCCUAGUUGAAGUUUAAACCCCAGCAAAACAUUCUUCCUGUAAAUGUAAAAUCCUACUCCCACCCCUUCCUGUCAUUUUUUUUUUCUUCUUCCUGAGAUCAUUAGAUUAGCAACUGCCUGUCCCUCACCCCUUCCCACUGCCUCUCCUCUCUGGGAUGGGCUGAGACCUUUGAGGAAGAUAAAGCCUUCCUUGAAGACUCAUUCAGUGUCCCUGUUCUUCACUCACUGAGGAAGGCAGAACCAGGCUGGUGUAUGUCAGAGGGUUCCACAGUUUACAAAGCUGCAGGAAGCCUCCUUGAGGGAGGAGAGCAAACUGGUGUGUCCCCAGCUUCUGGGAAGGCAGGAAAGAGGGUUCUCUCAUUGAUUGGGGUCGGGGGGGUGUCCCGGGAAAUCCCAUCAGUCCCUUAACUAUUUCUUGGAACUCAACUGGGAGGAGAGGGUCUCAAGAGUGGUCUCUGGAAAGGGGGCAUCUGCAUGUAUUUCAGGUUGUGGCUGUUGGCUCUAGGACUCUUAUUAAUACUUCUCUGGCUAGGGGGUUAGCUUCUUGGGACUUCAACUGUCUUCCUUCUGUAAGAUCAAAUGUAACUAAUGUAACCAAGUAUGGCUUAGUCCCUAUGACUCGAAAGGAGAGAUUGUCAGGCAAAUUCAGGUGGAUGGAGUAUGUUUGUGUAUGUGCACGUGGGUGUGUAGGGGGUGCGAUAUCUGUA